ACGGCACGUCCCUUUGUUGGCUCUGCGGUGACCGCUGUUUGUGUUGUUGUGUCUGUCUUGGGGACUCUGCGCGAGCUGUGUGUUCUGUGCUUCAUUAGCUGCGUGUUCCGCGUUGGCGGCCCAUAGAAAUCCACCCGGUGAUGGACUCCGACGAGGGUUACAACUACGAGUUUGACGACGACGACGAGGAGGAAGGCAGCGAAGAGAGUGCGGAGGGAGAACCCGAAGACGACUUGGAAGCUGAAGUCGAUCCCGUUGUAGCUGGUGGUGACCGAGACGACUGCGGGGAGACUGGGGGGAGCGGUCUCAGCUCUGGUCAGGAUGAGGAGGACUAUCCGUUUGAAGUGUUAACCGCUGAACAGAUACUACAGCAUAUGGUGGAAUGUAUCAGGGAGGUCAACGAGGUCAUCCAGAAUCCCGCAACAAUCACGAGGAUACUACUUAGCCACUUCAACUGGGACAAAGAGAAGCUGAUGGAAAGGUACUUUGAUGGGAAUCUGGACAAGCUGUUCUCAGAAUGUCAUGUUAUAAACCCCAGUAAGAAAUCUCGGACACGCCUGGUGAACACAAGAUCCUCGGCACAGGACAUGCCUUGUCAGAUCUGCUACCUGAACUAUCCCAAUUCAUGUUUUACUGGCCUGGAGUGCGGACACAAGUUCUGCAUGCAGUGUUGGAGCAAUUACCUAACGACCAAAAUCAUCCAGGAGGGAAUGGGCCAGACAAUUUCCUGUCCUGCCCACAGCUGUGAUAUUUUGGUGGAUGACAGCACUGUCAUGCGUCUUAUAACAGAUCCGAAAGUGAAGUUGAAAUACCAACAUUUAAUUACCAAUAGUUUUGUGGAGUGUAAUCGGCUGUUAAAGUGGUGUCCCGCCCCAGACUGCCACCAUGUAGUGAAAGUGCAGUAUCCCGAUGCCAAACCAGUGAGGUGCGAUUGUGGACGUCAGUUCUGCUUUAAUUGUGGAGAGAAUUGGCACGACCCUGUCAAGUGUAAGUGGUUGAGGAAGUGGAUUAAAAAGUGUGACGACGACAGUGAGACCUCCAACUGGAUUUCAGCAAACACCAAGGAAUGUCCCAAGUGCCAUGUGACCAUCGAGAAGGAUGGCGGGUGCAACCACAUGGUAUGCCGAAACCAGAACUGCAAAGCAGAGUUCUGUUGGGUGUGUCUGGGUUCCUGGGAGCCUCAUGGGUCAGCUUGGUACAAUUGUAAUCGUUACAAUGAAGACGAUGCCAAGGCAGCGCGAGAUGCACAAGAGCGCUCCAGGGCUGCUCUGCAGAGGUACCUCUUCUACUGCAACCGCUACAUGAACCACAUGCAGAGCCUGCGCUUCGAACACAAGCUGUACGCUCAGGUGAAGCAGAAGAUGGAGGGCAUGCAGCAGCAUAACAUGUCAUGGAUCGAGGUGCAGUUCCUGAAGAAGGCCGUGGACGUGCUGUGCCAGUGCCGCUCCACGCUCAUGUUCACCUACGUCUUCGCGUUCUACCUCAAGAAGAACAAUCAGUCCAUCAUCUUCGAGAACAACCAAGCAGACCUGGAGAAUGCGACUGAGGUGCUGUCCGGCUACCUGGAGAGAGACAUUUCACAGGAUUCGCUGCAGGACAUCAAGCAAAAGGUGCAGGACAAAUACAGGUACUGCGAGAGCCGACGCAGGGUGCUGCUCCAGCAUGUCCACGAGGGCUACGAGAAGGACCUCUGGGAGUACAUAGAGGACUGAGCACGCUCCCCAAGUCGCAGGACCUCGUGAUCGACCAGCGCGCCGAUGCCGUCUGUCGGGUGGGAACCGGCCCGCGGUGACGGAGGCAGGCCAUCAGCCAGACGCGGCUCCCACAGCCCGUAUGACGGGAACCUAUCGUACGCUGAGAUUAAGGCUAGAAUACUCAAAAUAUGAGUUGUGAGCAGUAUUGCUAACACCAGAGGGGACUUUAUAGACAUUACACAAAAAAAUCUGGCCAUCCAGGCUGGUAUUUUAAUAUCUUCCUUUAAAACUCCCUUCCCAUCCCCCUCACCCCCCAACUGGGAUUUUAUCUGUGGGUUCCCAGGUUCCCACCAUUCAGGCUAAAUGCGUUUUGUGUGAGGGAAGUGGACUUUUUCUGCAGAGCUUUAAGUGUCCCGGACACAUCGGCUGUCCACGGUGAUGAUUGUGUCUGGUCUGUUGAAUGUUAACUGGUGUAGAGGCAAUAUCUCUCUUUUUUUGUUGUUUAAAAGGGUGACAUGGCGAAAAGUAAAUCAAACCCAUAUUUUUCACUUUGUGCAUAAACACAAAUGAAUGGGAGUCAAAAGGGUGAGCGCGGCACAUUUGCGUUUUUAGAUGAGAGGGAAUGUGUUCUUUACCGAAAAUGCUGUAUGUUCAUCAUGUGGUUGAAAUAUUUGUCAAGAUGAGGCACCAGGAGCAGCUGACUCCUCAUGGGCCAAGGGCUCUCCGGGCUGCCUCCUUGCCUGCCAGGCUCCGCCAGUGAGCAGCGGCUCCGCCAGUGAGCAGCGGCUCCACCAGUGAGCAGCGGCUCCGCCAGUGAGCAGCGGCUCCUCUCACAGCAGCCUUCAAGAUAACCUGUCACACUGCUUCUCGAUGUGGUGUCCUGGCUGGCUGAUGAGUCUAUUUAAUAUUACAGUUACAUAUUAAACUGUGAUUUAAAAAGAAUAAAACUAGUGCCAGUCCCUGAUGCUCUUUAGAAAAGUAUAUGAGUUAAGAGACAUACCAGCUGUUUCAGGAGACCCAUGCUGAGUGAUAUUCACUCCAUGUUUUCCCCUCAGAGAGUGUUUCCCAGUCUGGUCCUCAGGAACCGACAGUCGCUCCAUGUUUUUGCUCCCUUCCAGCUCUGGGUAAAAUGUUGGACCAUCUCUGGGUCUUGGAGGACUGGAGUGGGAAAUACUGCUUUUUUAAAAAAGAAAUUUCAACAUGAUGCAAUUAAGCUGAACCUAAGUGACUUUGUGCGUCAUGGGAAGAGGUAUUAAGGAAUAUUUUGAUGAUGGCAUGUUUUUUAGUGCUCUAAAAAUAUGUUGUAUUUUAUACGCUGUUGCAGUCAAAUUGACUCUACCAUUCACUUGAACAGUAUUUCUCAGAAAUUAGGGGAGGUGUUUGUGUUCAUAAUCCGUAGAAACACACUAAAAUUUAAUUGAUCAUGUAGAAAAUGUGCCAACUUGUGCUUAAGAGAUCAAAAUUUAUAUAAAAAAUUUUCAAAUGACCCUUCAUGCUGUAGAAAAUGCUGAUCCUCUUUUCAGUUUGGGGUGAUAUUGACCCCAUUAUUCGCUUGAAUGGCAUUUCUCUCCAAUGAGGAAUGGCACUUGUGUUCAUAAUCCAUAAAAAAGAGCCUUAAAACUAAUCGAUCAUGUAGAAAAUGUAUCCUAAAGAGAUCAACACACACACACGCAAACGCUCCUCUACUUGCGAACAAAAUACAUUCCAAACAGCCAUCCGGAACUUCAAAUGUUACUUGAAAAGUCGUUAUUCAACAUCAUUUUAAGGGUAUACGCAAGUACAAAGAAGUAGGAUGCUGGGAGUUCACACGCUACGCUGCUGUGCGGAAUUGAUGUGCAGGGAAAAAAAUAAUGUUGAGUCAAAGUUCGUAAAUAGUGGAGUGUCUGUGCACAUAUAUGCAUUCAUACAUAUAUAUAUAUAUAUAUAUAUAUAUAUAUAUAUAUAUAUAUAUAUAUAUAUAACAUUUUAAACUGACAUUUGUAUGUUUUAAAAAACGUUGUGCCUUUAACACUAUCUGUGGCCAAAAUGAAUACUACACUCUAAAGGAGUUUCUCUGCAGUUAUGGGUGGUGUUUGUGUUCAUAAUCCAAAAAAACAUCCUAAAAUUUUAUCCUUUUUUUGCAACUUUUGCACUGUUGUCAAAAUAAUUCCACAUUAUUGUAACACACUUCAAUACGAUUGCAAAAAGAACUGGUUUAUUUGUUAACAAUGACGUCAUCGAAUCAAAAUAUGCAGUUAUAUUAUCAUUGGCAUUAUCACUUGAGGAGAGAACUUGCAGCCUUUCUCAGGACCUGGUUGCCGUAAAAUCGCACUUCCCAUUUCUGCAUCCCAGAGACUCCCAGUAGUUUCCUCUUUGGAUAUGAACACCCCGGCAGAAAUCAGACACCUGAGGUAGGCAUUGGACUUGUUACUGAAUUCAUGCCAGUUGCUGGCAAACCUUUGUCUCCCCUCCAAAUGAAUCAUUUAUAUAAUUAUUUUUUUUAAUGAUCUUGGAAUGAGGAGCUGAAAUGUCGAUAUAACGUUGGAUGCGAAAUACAUCCUUCUUGGCCCUAGAGUGGUUUUGAAUAUGUGGUCUGCUAGCAGCUUUCCUGAGCCCUUUCGCAUCACUGGUUUUGACCACCGACAUAUUUCUCCAUUUUUAGAUAAAAAUAUCUUCCUCCUCUUCCAAACUGUCCCCCUUUUCUAUUAAUGCACUGGCCAGCAGAUCAGCCACUUCUUCAGCCGUGUACCUUUCCAUCCCCCCCACCAAGCAUCAACUGAAGCUGUAGUCAGGUUUGGCACUUGCAUUGGGCAUAUUAUGAAAACACGUUUACUCUGUUUUACCUGGAAUUACAGGCCUGUCUGAGAGCUGUUUUCUCUCUAGCCAUGGAUCUCGAAUCUGCCUGAGCUUCCAUGGCAGUAGAUAAAUGUUUUAUACUAACAGCAGCUUCACGGCAGUCUAACACUAAUCACAGUAAAUGACUAGUAAAAACUGACCCCCAAAGGCAAUGAAAGGUACAACAGCAUCCUGCAUUUGAUCUUUGCUAUUUUAAUAAACUUCUCUUUAAGACAGGUUAGCACAUUUUAUACAUGACACAUUCAAUUUUAGGGAGUGUAUGAAUUUGGAGCAAACACACAUUCCCUAAAUGUGGAGAAGUUUAAUUCAAGUGAAUGUAAGGGAGGGGAGAAAGGUAACCUGUGAGAUGAUUACAAAAUUUAUUACAGCUUUACAGAAGUAUGUUAGUUCAGAAUAUUUGUCCUAAAGAGAUCCAGACUUAUAAAAAAAGCACAAGUUAUCACAUUUUAGGCAUGAAAUUUUUAUAGAGUGAAAACAACGUUUGUAUGGAGAGUAAAGGGCUGAAAAUGGAGUGUCGACCCCAUCCUGUUGUCAAAAAAAGGUGUUAAGAAAUGUGUCAGCUCUUGGUUUUGAAAGAUCUGGAGUAUAUAAGCUAAUUUGAAAAUUAUUAAAUCUUCAAAUGGGGGACAAUAUGACCCCAAAUGUUUGGAAAAACUGCUAGUUAAGACAUGUGCUUUGUUGUUGCUCCUCUGGACAGUGGAUGGCUUACACAGUCUCGGUCAGGGUGACCAUUUGAGUCAGGAGUGCAGCUGAUUUGUUGCAAAGCCGUUUAUGUUAAAUUUUGCUGAGAAUUGAUAAGUGCAGUAUUUUAAAUUCCUUUUCAAUGGGAGAGUUUUUUUCCCCUUUUACUCUUAUGUGUACCCCAGCCAUUGUCCUUUCGUAUCUGUUAAAUGUUAUGAACACAAGAGUGUGCAAAAGCACCACAGAGGAAUCAUGCCAGUGCUCUCAUCCCAGGUCAUGUACGGGCUUUGAUGGCUCCCACACCCCACGUCUGACCCCCAGUGCAGUGGGGUCCUUGCGUACACAGCCGGCAGGUUGGCCUGCAUUUCAGAUGCAUUCUCGGAGCUGCUGAUCUGUUGACUUUCUUGUGUUUAUAAGUAUUUUAACAAGCAGCUGUUCUUACCAAAAAAUAUGUAUUAUUUAAAUAAACUAUCAUGUAAAAAAAUA